ACAGUGUUCAAAGGAAUUUGGGAGGAUCAGAUUGAUGCAGGUCUGGAGGAGAAUCCAUGGGCACUGUUUGAUGAUGAAGAUGAGUGGGGCCUCGCACAGGGACUUGCAAAGCAAGUCAACAAGACCACAAUUGAUGAGUUCCUCAAGCUCAGCAUUCCUAGCUAUACAAGCAACUACACAUUCCAAAACAAACUCAACAAACUGCCCAAAGGUCCUGGUUGGACUUGUAACAUUGUUAUAUCAACAGGCAAUCAAACAGAUGGAAACAAGGAGUUCAUCACCAAACAACAUGAACUUUGGCGCCGAGACCCUGUAGUGUGCAUAUGUGAGUUGAUUGGUAAUCCUUCAUUCAAGGAUUCUCUUGCAUGCGUACCAGAGAAAGUAUACAUGGACUCUGAAGGACAGACACAGGUGUAUGAUGAUGUGGACAUCUCUGCCAUCUUGUCACGGAUGCCCUCACGUUGCUCCUCAAGUAAUGUCAGGAGGUGUUCUCUAAUCCACCUCAGUCCCAUCAGUGAUGGAACUGAGGUAUGA